AAAAAAAAAAAUCUAAAUUUUACAUAUCCUUUUAUUUCAAAGAGAACAUAUGGUCUGUUACAGGAAAGAUUAUCAUCCAUUAUAAUCUAAGGUGCAGGAGUGAGGGAAUCAUAAUUGCUGAACAAAGGGUUUUGCCGCAACAUCUGCAGUCAUUCAGGCAUUUUAGGCAAAGUGUUGCUAAAUUUAGAAAGACAAUUCCAGAGAGGGAAAUAGGGAACAUAUUGCCAACAACCAGUCACUAUUCUCAAGCAGUGUCAAACAUUCCCACCAUCUAUUGCUGCUGAAAUUGAAAAGAAGAUGAGGUAUUUAGCUUUUUUUAGGAAACAAGGAAGGUAAAGACUUUAGUUUCCACCUGGUCCCUUCCACUCCAAAACGCUUCCAAGCAGUGCUGGAAGCUGAUGCAACCCAGUGGGAAGCGUGCCUCCACCCCAUCUUGUUUUGCAACAUGCUGCCAGCAUCACAUUUAAAAUGCAGAUUUGUUGUCUGUGCUGUUUCCAAUGGCGGGAUAAUUUGCAAAUUGCAUCACAGUUGCAAAUGUAAUAUAGUCUCAAAGUUUGAGCUGCAUGUGAAUUAGUGUUUAAAGUUAAGUCCCAAAGGAAUACUUAAAAGAUAACUUUUGAUACGUAUAAAUGAGUUAACAUCACUUCUAUUAAAGCACGGUGUCUGGACUCCAGUUCCACCUUAAAAACGUGUUCACACUGUAAGCUCUGUAGGGGGGCGGUGUCCCUGCCUCUCCCCCUCCCUCCAGUGGCCAAACUUCUUCAUUAAACUCAAGCGGCUUGUUUGCGUGCUCAGCGGCUCCGUGUUGGAGGAUUGUGCGACCAGAAAAAGAUCCACGGUUCGGGUUCGAUGAGCUCUAACAACACCUCCACUGGCUCUCAUUGGACUUCAGCUGAAUUUAAUACACCGAUUGUGAGUUAUGACAUCAGAGGGGAAAGAUGCAGGCAUCAUGCUGGACCCCCAACUUAUCCAAGAGACCGGGGAAGUUUAUAGAAACCCCACAGAGGUGCAGAUGAGUCAAAUCGUGCUGCCCUGUCACGCCAAUCAUUGCGGGGAGCUGAGUGUGGGUCAGCUGCUGAAGUGGAUGGACUCCACAGCCUGUUUGUCAGCUGAGAGACAUGCAGGCUGCUCCUGUGUCACUGCAUCGGUCGAUGACAUCCACUUCGAACACACAAUAGGAGUUGGACAAGUUGUCAGUAUUAUUGCCAAAGUCAAUAGAGCCUUCACGUCUAGCAUGGAGGUGGGCAUACUGGUGACUUGUGAAGAUCUUUACUCUGACAGGCAGUGGAAAGUUUGUCAUGCCUUUGCCACUUUUGUUUCCAGACGAACUGAAGCUGGAAAGGUACAGCUCAAGCAGGUGAUUCCUUAUACACAAAUGGAGCAGAUGGAGUACAGCCUGGCAGCAGAGCGGCGGAGGAUGCGACUCAUCCAUGCUGAGAUUAUCACAGACCUGCUGAGCAGCAGCACAGCUCAGCUGGGGGAAUGUCAGGAGUAUGACGACGCUGUGCCAUCUGAGAAGACGCGAGUGGAGAGCGUGGAGCUGGUGCUUCCACCCCAUGCCAACCAUCAAGUCAGCACGUUUGGAGGCCAGAUCAUGGCCUGGAUGGAGAAUGUGGCUACAAUUGCAGCAAGCCGAUUGUGUAACGCCCACCCAACCCUGAGGACCAUAGACAUGUUCCAUUUUCGUGGGCCGUCACACAUUGGCGACCGGCUGGUGCUGAAAGCUAUUGUUAACAACGCCUUCAAACACAGCUCUGAAAAUGUAUUACUGAUGCUGUGUAGCAUGGAGGUGGGAGUUUGUGCAGAGGCCUAUCAGGGUGGAGAACCUCUGCGCCAUAUCAAUAGUGCCUUUAUGACCUUUGAGGUGCUGGACAGUGACAGGAAGCCCCGCACGCUGCCGCACCUGCGACCCGAGCCUGUGGAUGGAAGAAGACGUUAUAAAGAAGCUGUUGCAAGAAAGAAGAUUCGCCUUGACAGAAAAUAUAUCAUCUCUUGCAAGCAAACCCAAGUGCCUCUGUCUGUGCCCUGGGAUCCAAGUAACCAGAUGUACCUGAGCUACAACAAUGUAUCAGCCCUGAAGCUCAUGGAUACCCGGAACAACUGGGUCUUAACUUCAGAGAAAAAUAAGGUGAGACUAUACACAUUGGAGGAAAACCACAUGCUUUGUGUCAAGGUGGAGAUGUACGUCAGCGUCCCAGCAGAGCAGGUGUUCCACCUGUUGUCGGACCUGAGGAGGAGGAAAGAAUGGGACCGGCAUUAUGAGGAGUGUGAGGUGAUCAACCAGGCAGAUGAGGAUGACACUCUUUAUCGCGUGGUUACUCCCUCUGUCAGCAAAGGGGGCAAAGGGAAAGACUUUAUCUUGCUUGCAUCUAGAAGGAAGCCAUGUGAUUCCAGGGACCCGUACCUGAUCGCUCUGCGUUCUGUCACUUUGCCCAAUCACCCGCCUACAGAGGAUUUCUCCAGAGGAGAGGUGCUCUGUGCUGGCUUCACAAUCUGGGAGGAGUCCAGUUCAGUCACCAAGUUCACCUACUACAACCAGGCCACACCAGGUGUUCUCCCCUACAUCUCGACAGACGUGGCUGGCCUCUCCUCCAGCUUCUACAGCACGUUUUCUGCUUGCAGUCAGUUCCUGGAAGCCAACAAAGACAGCCUGAGUGCUCUGCCACCUUCUUCAUUUUGAUUUAAAACCCCUCUCCCAUAAGCAAAGAAGAGGCAUUAUCAGGACAGAGUAGCAUUGUUUCACAGCUCUAAUCCUGAUUUAACACUGCUUUGGAUGUGCUGGGCUUAAAUAUGUCAUAAAAUAAGCCAUUCUGAGAUUAUGAAGGACUGCUAGUUUGUACAAGUACAAAGAAAAAGCGCACAAAUGAUUUUAUGCCUCUGUAGUUAUUUUUUAGCAUUAUUUUUUGAAAACAUGUGCAAUUCAGAUUUCUAGAUAUAUGAUUUAUAUUUUGUGAGCCAUCACUUCAUAGCAGUCCAGUCGUGUUGUCAGGUGGUUAUUUCACUGUGACUUAACACCAUAAAGAAUUUUUUUUAGAUAAGGUCAAGUGUAAUUACUUUGUCAAUUUGUAUGUUAAUAUAUUUGAAUUCAAUGAUAGGAAGUUUACAUGUGGUUUUGGGGUAUAACUUUGCUGUUUUCAUUUGAGACAACAAAUUUCACUUGAACUAAUUUUAUUGUAUUGACAUAAGCUUUGAGGAUAAAAUGUGUUGAGUUACUUUAAUCAAUAAACUUUUUAAAGCUGUUAAAUA